AUGGACAAGGGAAUUAAAGACUCAAAAGAGAUCAGUCAUGACAGAGUAACAAAGGAGAGAGAGUUUGAAGACGAUUGUUGUAUUCACUUGGUCUUGUUCACAGCAGGAACGGCCGUGUUAAUGGCUUGUCUGAAGAAAGUCUUGGUGGUGUUUCUUCUAGAGAAAUGGCGUGCAUGGGUUUUUGUUUUGCUUAACCUUGUACUCCUAGCCAUUCUUUUCACUUCAACGCUUUCCAAACCAAAAGAGAGCCAAAAGGAAAGCAAUAAUGUAGAAGUCAUGAAGAUUGAGAGGAGCAAGAAGCUAAGGAGAAAGCAUUCCAAGUGCUCGUCGGAGCAAGUUAUAAAGCUCGAAGAGUCCGAGGAAUGCCUGGGAAAUUAUCAUCAACAAAUGGGCGGAGAAGAAGAUAGAGAAAUAGAACCUCCAAGGCUGUCCAAAGAAGAGCUCAAUGAGAGAGCAGAAGCUUUCAUUGUCAUGUUUAGACGGCAUUUGGUUUCGGAUGCGAGAAAAUGCGGCAAAGAAAGAAAGUAAUGGGAAAAGAUAAAACCAACAGAAUGUGGGGAACAACAUAAAAUUGGAAGUAGCCGAACACUAAUUGCUGAGCAUUUAAAAGAUGGUCAGACUGGUUAA